AUGACCACUGCCAGGUCUCUCAUUGCCAUUGCAGCAAAGAAAAAAUGGGAAAUCUCACAACUGGAUGUGAAUAAUGCAUUCCUCCAUGGAGAUUUGCAUGAGGAGGUGUAUAUGCAGGCUCCUCCAGGCCUUGAAGUGCACUCACCAGGGAAGUUAGUUGGAAAGCUGAACUUCCUUACUAAUACUAGGCUAGACAUAACAUAUGGGGUUCAACAUCUCAGUCAAUUUAUACAAGAUCCUAGGGAGCCUCACUUGCAUGCAGCCUAUCACAUGCUGAGAUACCCGAAGAAGGAUCCUACUCUAGGUCUAUAUUUCAGCAAUGUAGAUGAUCUCUCAGCUACUGCUUAUUGUGAUUCUGAUUUGGCAGCCUACCCCGAUUCUAGAAGAUCAAUAUCUGGUUAUCUUGUAUUCUUGGGUGGCAGCCUUGUUAGUUGGAAGUCCAAGAAAUAG